AUGAAGACCACUCCACUCGCUCUCUCGCUCCUCGCCACCACCCUCGCCACCGCUCAGUCCACCGAGCCAUUCUACAACAUAACCUCCACGCCCUUCAACCUCGUCGUCACCUCGGCCGAUGGCACCAUCAACACCACCCUAGCCGCCUGCCACGUCGGCGCAGCCUUGGAAUCCCUCUGCCUGAGCGCCAACGUCUCCCCUCCGAACCCCGGGUCCAGCAGCCCCUCCGUCUUCAACUUCAACACCUCCACAUACUCCCAGGCCCCCGAACCCACCCUUGGCACCCCCGGUAUCCUCACCUGGAUCCUCCAAGCAGCCAGCAUGAAUGUCUCGUCCUCUGCGUACUUCAACUACGACCCCACGACCGACAUCGCGCUGCCCAUUCUCGAGCCCGGGUCUGCGAGGCCCCAGAUUGUGGCGUUUGAUCUCCAGAACCGGUUGACGCUGCAAGGGUCGGUCGAUUAUACGGUGCAGCCGCCGCAGCCGGGCGUGUAUAGAGAGUUUUAUCGCUGGUACGCGUGCGAGACGUAUUUUGCGUCGUAUCGCUAUGUGAAUCUGGCGUGGAAGCUGGGGCCAGGCGAGCCAGAGAAUCAGAGUUGUGUCGCUGUCAAUGUGACGAGGAUUUUUGUGGCGUAG